AGCGACGGGUCCUCAAUGGCCGAAUGCAGAGGCAGGCAGAAGUGAGCUCCCCGAUGUGUGCUCGAGUUUGAGAUGCUCUCCCGGCUUCGCGCUUCGCCUCGUGUGUCGGUAUUAGAUCGGUGGCCUUUCGUUUGCGCCCUGGUGUCUCUACUUUUUGCUUCCGCGGAGUGUUGAGGUCGCUCGAAGAGCUCUUUGGAGACUGAACUUCAUACAAAGUUGACAUAAGCUUAGUUAGCAUGUCGUUCCGAGUGGUGCGGAGUAGCAAGUUCCGUCAUGUUUAUGGGACUGCCCUGAAACGUGAACAAUGUUACGACAAUAUCAGAGUCUCCAAAUCAUCAUGGGACUCCCCUUUCUGUGCUGUGAACCCAAAAUUUGUCGCCAUAAUCGUGGAGAGUGCGGGUGGGGGAGCCUUCAUUGUUCUGCCUCUCAAAAUGACUGGGAGAGUGAACCCAGAUCACCCUCUGGUUGGAGGACACAAAGGUCCUGUGCUAGAUAUAGCUUGGUGUCCCCACAAUGACAAUGUUGUUGCCAGUGCCUCUGAAGAUUGCCUAGUUAAGGUAUGGCAAAUACCAGACCGUGGCCUGUCGCGGACCCUCACCGACAAGGAUUCAAUUGUCGACCUCCUUUUCCAUCAGCGGAGAGUGGGACUAGUCAUCUGGCACCCCUCUGCUCAGAACAUCCUCCUCAGUGCAGGAAGUGACAACUUGAUCGUGAUAUGGAAUGUUGGGACGGGGGAGGCUCUGAAAGUUCACGAUUGUCACCCAGAUCUUAUCUAUUCUGCUUCUUGGAACUGGAUCGGGACAAAGGUUUUGACAACAUGCCGGGACAAGAAGAUUAGGAUCAUUGAUCCCAGAACAGGGGAUGUGGAAGAGGAAGCCUUAUGUCAUGAGGGGUCGAAGGCAGCUCGAGCGAUCUACCUUAAGAAUGGACUCGUCUUCACCACAGGCUUCAACAAGAUGAGUGAACGGCAGUAUUCCCUGAGGGCUCCUGAUCACCUCCAUGAUCCCAUUGUCAUGGUGGAGCUGGACACCUCAAAUGGGAUCAUGUUCCCUUUCUAUGACCCUGACACCAACCUCAUCUACCUAUGUGGCAAGGGUGAUAGUGUGAUUCGUUACUUUGAGAUCACGCCAGAGCCACCAUUUGUACAUUACAUCAACACGUUCCAAACCCCAGACCCACAACGAGGGAUUGGGAUGAUGCCUAAGCGGGGCUGUGAUAUCAGCUCAUGUGAGAUCGACCGCUUCUAUCGUCUUAACAACUCUGGCCAUUGCCAAGUGAUUUCAUUCACCGUCCCACGCAAGUCAGAGCUCUUCCAGGAAGACCUCUACCCUGAUACCCAGGGGGAUAUACCAGCCAUUUCAGCUGAUGAGUGGAUGAGUGGGAAGGAUGCAGAGCCAGUGCUUGUGUCACUGAAGAGUGGUCAUGUGCCCAGCACCAAGAAAGAAGCCCUCCAGGUUACCAAGAAAAAGCCAAAUGUGCUUGAUAAAAUGCCCUCCAGAUCCAGUGCGGCUAGCUCUGGGGACUCUGAAGAAGUCCCUGUUCAACCUGCUGUACCUGCUGUCACUGAGAAGCAGUUCAAGGAUGUGACGAACGAGAUCAAGAAGCUAAAGGCCGUGAUCGUGAAGCACGAGAAUCGGAUACGUUCCCUGGAGGCCAAGCUCACUGAGGUUCUUGCCCUCCUCAACCCUGAUCCCAACGAAAACAACAACAAUGAGCCUGAGGAUCUUGCAUCCACAGAUCUUCCACCCAAGUCACCCCUGUCAUCCCACAUGAUGAACAGCAAGUCGUCACAUCACCCAGAUGCUGACAUGGCACCUGACGAGGUCUAGGCAGCUGCCUGUGGCACAUGAUAUCUUUUGUUGUCAUCUCUGUUUUUUUUUGCCGUAAUUGUGAGGGUUCAGCACAUUGUCGUAACUCUCAGCUCGUGUUGGUGCCCGUCUCUCCACUAACUCACGCAAUGCAGCCAUUUAUUUUUUACUUGCCUGGUCACCAUUGUGACUGCAAUGUGGGAUUUUUCUUGUUCCUGACAGAGCGGCCAUGUUCCCACGAGUAUUAAAGAGUUGGAUUUUGUUGGCAGCUAUGAUCUGAACUUUUGAAAAGUUCAUGUUUGAUAGAGUUGAAUCAAAGAAAGUUGGACAACUUGUGCCUGUUGACACCUGCUUCAUCUGAUAGCAGAGAGAUUUUUUAUUCUUUAGCUGUUUCAAGAAAGUAUUUUCUAGGUGAUCGUGCUCAACAAUUAAUUGACAUUAGCUUUUGUGACUUUGUUGGACUGGAGGUGCCAAAGCUUUGGAUGUUGUGUUCCUUCUCUUCCCUGAUCGUGUUCUCUUGAUAUUGUGAUUUCGCAUCUAUCAUCUCCACUACACCCAUCCGUGAUGGGACUAAUUAUUCUAGUAUAUUGCUUUCACAAAAUUUUCGCUCCCUUGAUUGUGCUUCCUAUGUUUCUUUGGGACUCUUCCACACUCAGCAGCAUCAAUUUGCAGAUUUUGGCAUCUGUCCUCCCUCACCAGACUCCCACCGACGUCAUCACGAAUGCAUUGGAGAUUCUCUGAAUCAGUUUUAUUCUCUUUGUUGUUAUUUUUUCACCCCUCCAUUUGUUGAAAGGAGGUGCGAGAUGGUGCUCUUGAUUUUAUCCUGUGGCUUUUCAUGUUUUAUUUAUGGUGUGAUUGCUGCUGACUUGUUAGUGUGCGGUCGUGUGAGAAGAUCAGCUUCGGCCUUCCAUCUUUACUCCUUCCCUCAUUUUAACAUCAUGUUUAUGAAUUCAUUUAAGUCGUAUCAUCUCAGAAAUUUCAUUGUGAUUGGAUCCUAAAAGUGAAACACUGUCUGUGCUUCCAAUAGGUGCCUUCCCUCGUCAGUGGCCAUCCUAUUCUGUGCCUUCAAUGCUGAUUCUGACUCACCGAAGUGCAUUUUGGUGGGAAUAGAUAAUGCUCAUUCUCCAUAUUUUCAGUAUAUCUACCUCUUUGUAGAACAAAAGAAAGUAUUCAUUGUAAAGAAGGGAAAAUUAGCGAUAUUGUCUGUCUAUCUGGAACCUGCUCAGUGCUCAUCCAUGAGAACAUAUCAGGCUGAGGAAACUCCCUUAAAGAUGGAAUCAAGCAACUCUGUCCAAUUUUUUUGUUUCUGGGAAAUCAGACAACAUAGAAAUAAACAGCUUCUACCGAA